CUUAAUGUGUAGCAGAUUACAAUAAUGUGAAAUAACAGGAUACGUAUUGUAAAUUAUUGUCCAGAUAUCUGUAGGUAGUGUUAAAAUGUGUGAGUGACUGUAGAGAACAUUGUGAUGGUGGGUGGCGUGGACACAGCAUGACCACAUGGAUGGCGCUGUUCGGGUUAGUGUGGCUACUGCGAGUGCGCGGCUCCCUGUGCGGGUGUGCGGCCUGCAAACGCGCUCGCCAUGAUACCCAGGAUACGAGACAGACAGAAACGCAGAAUAUUAGAGAACCACAGUGCAGUUCAGCCUCUAUCAGCUACACUCCCGCAGAAGGUCCACCGUUUGAUGUCAUCGCGCUGCAGAAUUACACGCGUGAUGCGACUGUGCAGACUGACUUUGAGGAUGAUGAGGAUCUUGAUAAAAUUGAAAUGCAGAUCUGCGAAGGUUCGAACGUCGCGAACUAUGAUUGUGGGCGUGAGCAGGCGACACAAAAUCCGGAAGUCGAGCAGUGUACUGCAGGAAGCUUACAGUCUUGCUCUGAUUCAGAUGAUUCAGUAUGGGAGACAGCUGAUGUUACUUUGGAGCGCGGAACAAACGGUCUAGGACUGAGCAUAGCAGGCGGCGAGAGCGGUGGCGAUAUUAGCAUAACUCGAUUGGCUGUCGGAGGAGCGGCCAGAAGUGACGGCAGACUGCAAAUAGGAGAUAUUUUACUGCAGGUAAACGACGUAUCUUUAGAAGGUGCUCCUCAUUCAAUGGCAGUUGAUGCCUUACAGAAAGCUGGAAACAUAGUUAAAUUAAGAGUCCGAAGAGCCAGACGUCCUAAAGUGGUCACGUUAUGGAGAGGAGCACGAGGACUUGGUCUGGGAAUCGCAGGAGGCGCUGAUGACGCAGCGGGAGGAGGUGGAGUAUUCAUAUCACACAUCGCCGUCGGGGGCGCAGCACAUUAUGAUGGCAGACUUAGACUUGGUGAUAAAAUACUAGCUGUUAGAGAUGAAGAUGGAAUAGAAACAUCAUUAAUUGGUGCAACACAUGCAAAGGCUGUCGCAACACUGCGCAAUACUGGAGAGCAUGUUACCCUCAUCGUCCUUCCAGCUGCUUCCAUCCCGCCUACGGUCCAGCCCACGCAACUUUACACAACAAGGACACAAGCAACGUCGUGUUCAACACUCCAUGAGCUUACAGAAGAAGACCCAAGUAAAAUACCAAGAUGUGUCCGCAUGGUCAGACUAGUGCGGUCUGGAUCUCGUUUGGGCAUGGACAUUGUUGGUGGUCUUGGCGGAGAGGAAACUUGCAGUGGUCUGGAAGAGGAGGCUUGCGGUGUGUUCGUAUCAGGAGUGUCAGUGGAGGGAGCGGCGUAUGGCAUGUUGUACAGAGGAGAUAGAAUACUAAGUGUUGAUGGAAGAGAUCUAUCCAGAGCUACGCAUGAACAAGCCGCAGCAGCGUUGAAGUACUCAGGCAGUGCGGUGACGAUAGCUGCACAAUACCAGCCGGAACACUACGAGAGGCUCCGCGCGCGCAUCAGAGCUAUUAAUGCAGCUGCGAUGUCGCCACACACGAUGCACCCCACACACGUUCCUGUACAUCCUGAUUUACACGCUAUCUAUCCCAGGUGA